AUGGUUGCUAAGGCUAUCAGAGCAAAGGGAAGAAGAAAGAACAGACAUUCCUGUCCACCCGCCAGGAAGAAGAAGUGGGAAGGAGGCUGUCGGAAAAUUCGUUUUAUUUACUUAGCGAAUCCAACAUCGUUCAGGUUGAGCAGCUGUCUGCAGGAUCCAGUAAUUCCACUGUAUUUAGGAGCUGAUCUCCUGUCCAAUACUGACAUCCGGGUGGAAAACCAUCCCAGGUACCAUGCCAAGUUUGCCAAGAAAGGACUUGCCACCAAAGUACACUUUUCCUCAGCAUUCAGAUUCCAGGGAUUGAGGGUUCCUGCUGCAAAUAACAGCUUGUGGUUUUACAGCAUUCAAGGACUUUUCCGCUUAGCCUUUGAAAUAUACAAUAAGCAAGAGCAGCUUGCAGUGUUGGAGAAUUUCCAGAAUGUUUGGAAAUCACAGAUGAAUGAAAGCCCAUUGGAAAUGAAUUACAGCCUCAAUGUGCAGCUCGACAUUCCAGCGACUCCAAGCGUUGCGGACAGAGAUUUGGAAAUACCUGGACACGAUUUUAGCCAGCUCAACGGGAACGUCAUGCAUGCGUCUGCUGACACAGCUGAUACAGCAGCAGAUCAUGAUUAUUGUACUUUCACCAAACAAAGCUGCCAAACUGAGCAGAUCCAUCCAGCUGUAGCGGCUCUCAGAGAAAAACUGCACCACUUGGACGACCAACUCCGCUCUCCCCCUCAAGGCCGCACAGAUCGCCUGGAAACGAUGUUGCUGCUCUUAGAGAGCAUUGAUCGAUACAUGAAUGGGAGCCUAGAUGAAAAGGAUGCAACUGAAGCUGCGUUAGCACUGCUGAACGCUGAAGACUGGACUAAAGACUCGGUGUAUUCAAGUUACAUGCUUACUUAUAUAGGACGGUGGAUCGGGCAGCAGUUUCACGCAGCCAACAGCAGCAUCAGCCAGAAAGUGGAGAGUUUUAAAGUUCAGCACAUCGAACAGAUCAGCGAUUUGCCACCUGCAGAGGAGCUGGCUGCAGAACUGUUUCCAGAAGCUAUGCAGACUCUGCUGCUGCAAUGGAUGGGCUUGUGUGAUGAGUCGACUGAAGGAAAGAGACGCAGCGAAUAUCCAAUCCUGCUUCUUAUUCUGGAGUUUGCGAACCAUAACCUUAUUACCGGUGUCGCUCACGUGCUCUACUCAACUCUUAUAUGUAAAUGAGAGGAUUUCCAUAGAGCUACCAACAAAAUACCUGCACAACUCUUAUAGAUGUCAUGUUUGUGUGAAGCACUUCUGUCCAAAGAAUAAAUCAUUUUCAGUCCUAAA